AAAGGUCGCACAUGCGCAGUGGUACAAUACAUUUGUUGUUUCUUCAGAUCCAGGGACCCGGGUAGCAGACUGGAGGAUUUUGUAACCGUUAUCACAGAAAAGUCGGAAGGAAAGUGUCAUAAGUCGCACCCUUUUAGGUGUGCUUUAUGAUAUUUCAUUAUGGACCAGAGUGACACAGACUGGGGAGGUUGGAGUAGAGAUUCCAUGGAAGGGGACUCUGUCUCCAGAAUGGAGGAUUCUAACCUCAGCAUGGGGGACACAAAGGCUGAUUCUGUGUAUAGUGGCAGCAAUAUUGGGAAUGACGAUGACUACAGUAAUAUGUACGACGAGUACAAUGAUUUUCACGAGGGAUCAGACACUGAGGACGAUGAUGAUGAAAAUGAGCGUCCCUACACUUCAACUCCACAAUCCAUGCCAUUUAAAUUCAUUAAUGGAAAAGAUGGAAUGGCAACCUGUGAGAAGUGUGGUGCAGUUGGAAUCAAGCAUGCCUUCUACUCAAAGUCAAAGCGUUUCUGUAGCUUAUCUUGCUCCAGGAGUUUUGCCACGUCCCAAAGAGAGGGAAAACAGAGCCCAACUGGGAAGGGCGAUGGAGUUGUCUCUCCUUUGCCUCCAAAGAAACCUGCAGCUAAAAAAAUUGCCAACCAAAGCCAUAAUCAAAGACCUGUGGACAAUGUUCCAAGAACUCUGACUAAAAGAGCAGGUGGAUUGAAGGGCUUUGACUGGGGGCCUUACCUGUCCUCUGGAGGGGCAGAGGCAGCGCCUGUCAGCUACUUCAAGCAUUGUCCGAUGUUUGAUAGCUGGCACAACAUUACCACAGGAAUGAAACUGGAGGUUGUUAACUUUGAAAGUGAUCUCUCUAGCAAUGCCUUCUGGAUUGCAACUGUCAUUAAGAUAGCAGGGUACAAGGCGUUGAUGCGUUACGAGGGCUAUGCCAAUGAUCCGUCACACGACUUCUGGAUUAACCUCUGUACAGAGGAGGUACACCCGGUAGGCUGGUGUGCUACCAGUGGGAAACCCCUAGUUCCUCCUAAGUAUAUACAAAAUAAGUAUGUGGAUUGGAAGGAAUACCUGGUAAAGAGACUAACAGGCUCCAGAACUCUUCCUAAUAAUUUCUACAACAAGGUGGUUGAAUCUAUAAAUAGCCAUGGAUUUAAGCAUCACAUGCAGGUGGAAGUGGUGGACAAGAUGUGUGUGUCUGCGAUGCGUGUAGCUAAAGUAGAAGAGAUCAUAGGGGGAAGGUUAAGACUGCAAUAUGCUGACACAAAGGAGGAGGAUGACUUUUGGUGUCACUGUAGGUCUUCCCUGGUUCACCCUAUUGGCUGGUCCCAGCAGAUGGGACACAAACUGCAUGCUACAAAUGACUACAGAAAUAAGUGCUUAAAUAAAAUUGCUGUUGAGAAAUAUGAUGCCAAUGAUGCCACUCCAAGCUUGUUUUCCAAAAUGAAAGAUACUCCAAAUGGAAUGAAAUUUCAAGUUGGAACUAAGUUGGAAGCCAUUGACCCACUGAACCUGUCUGCCAUUUGUGUUGCCACUGUAAUGAAGGUGCUAAAGAAUAACUACCUGAUGAUUGGUAUAGAUGGAUCCAUGGCAGAGAACGGAUCUGAUUGGUUCUGUUACCAUGCCACAUCACCAUGUAUAUUUCCUGUGGGAUUCUGUGAAAUUAACGGCCUAGAUCUUACUCCACCCAGAGGUCAUAAAGGUCCUUUCAGAUGGUUUGACUACCUAAAGCAAACAAAGUCUGUUGCAGCACCUGUAAAACUAUUUGAUAAGGAUAUACCAAAGCAUGGAUUCAAGGCUGGAAUGAAGAUUGAGGCUGUUGAUCUGAUGGAGCCAAGACUGAUCUGUGUGGGCACGGUCUCCCGCGUGGUUGGACGCUUGCUGAGGGUCCACUUUGAUGGAUGGGAGAAUGAAUAUGACCAGUGGGUGGACUGUGAAUCCCCUGACAUGUACCCCGUGGGCUGGUGUGAGGUCAUGGACUAUGGUUUGGAGGGACCAAGGGUCAAAGUGGAACAAAUACCACAAGUAAUGUCUUCACAAAAAAUGUCAAAGGAGCAAAAGAAACGCAAAGGCAAAACCCAAAUCUACAAAGGCCCAAGAAAGAGUAAGAAAACCGAGAGGAAGACUAAGUUUGGGUCACCUCUAUCUGAUCAGAAUCAGCGAUCUCUUCAGGAGAACAACAGGGACCAGGGAUUUCUGUCCUACGGCAGCCGCACGCGCCCCGCCCACCACAGCAUCCCCCACCUAGUCGAUCCUGUCGUGUCCUCAGGCACCAAAGGACCCUCAGAGAUGGAAACCUCUGACACAAGUACAAAUGAUGGACCACCACAGCUAAGUCCUCAUUCCAUCACAGAAAACCAGUCAAAACCCUUGUUACAAACUGCAGUUCAUUCAGAUAACCAAUCAAAACCAUCAUCACAACCAUCUGUGAAACAGGAACCAAUGGACACAUCUGAUAAUCAAUCCAAUACCAGCCUUACAACAUCACCAAAUGGGAAAACAGCUCUCUCUAAUCUCCUCUUGUCAAAAACUACCAAUCAUGUCAAAACAGUCACUCCCUCAACUUCCCAGGGUAAUGAACAGAUGUCAUUACUUGCUGCACGUCAGUCAACCGUGUCACCUGAUCAGUGGUCCAUAUCCGAUGUCUGUUACUUCCUCAAGUCACAUGACUCUGCUUUCUACUGUGAAAGCUUUGUUAAAAUGGGGAUUGAUGGGCAGAAGUUGUUAUCCCUGACAAAGGAGCAGAUUGCCAGCAUCACAGGAAUGAAGGUGGGGGCUUCCCUGAAGAUCUCAGAACUGGUUCAGCAGCUCAAAUCACGGUGCAGCAAAGCGUAAAGUCGGAGGAACUUCGCAAUUCCUCUGCAGCAGAGUGUGUCCAGUGCAAGGCAGCUUAUCCAUUCAGAUUUCACAUUGAUCUGAUUUCAUACUGCUUUAAUUUAACCAGAUGACAGAACUAGUGCAAUUCCCUGUCCAAUAGCCACUAUUGUUACUGAAUACUAUAAUUACUAGUUAUGUUUUGUGAUAGUGGAUUGUGACUGUUGAUUAUUCAUGCUUAUUUCUUUUCUUUUACAGACAUUUAAAAAAUAUUGUUUUAAGAAUUUUGACAUUGUUUGUGUAAUCAAGAGUUUUUCAAUCGAAUUUCUUGUUGUGUAUAAUUGUUAUUGUGAAUGAAAAGAUGCUAUAUUUUAGUAUGCCUUUUGUAAGUGUUAUAUUGAUGUAAAGAUUAAAGAAUAGAAUUGAUCUGAGAUAUGGGCAUUGGUUAAGAAUGGGGUACAAAUUUAUAUAUUGUACAUAAAUUCCCUAUAUACUGAGCAUUAAUGGAUCAUGGUGUCAAUAUAAGCACUGCCAUAAAAUAAAUUUAUCUAAUAAUUAUUUUGACACUUUUCAAUAAAAAUAAGUUGUAAUGAUUUGCAAUGAAAACACAGUGGUAACUAGGGAUGGAUUGGUAUACUAUAAAUCACAUUUUUUAGGUUAACUAUAAUUUUGCAAAAUUUUACUCUGAGAUAAAUGUAAAUUGCGGGACUAAAAUUCAUUUAAAGGUAAGGUCUUUAAAAUUACAGAAAAUAUUAGGAGUUAUCUUGUACAGAAUCUGUUACAAUAUCAAUACACAUUUGAUUAUUAUUGAGUUAGAUUUUACAUUAAUUAAUUGUUUGAUUCAUUCAUUAAAAACUUAAAAGUUGAGGAA